GUUUACAGAAAGAUAACAGUCCUCUUGGUUGCUCUCUUUGUUUCAAGUUGUGUUAAAGGUGGAACUACAACUGUCAUGGUCGGACGGGCCAGUCGACCUGCCUGUCUUUGUUUUUGUGUACUUUCUCCUCUCCUUUUCCUUCUUCGCUGUCCUGUGCAUAUUGUUUAUGGAAGUCACACUUCCAGAAGUCGGGCAACACCCGACCCAGAAGCGCUUCAGCACUGGAGCCACCACAUCUGGAACUGAUUCGGCGUCCAGAUGCUUCCAAUCAUCCGACAUUUUGAGCAGAGCUACUUAAUGGUGUGGUCAGAAGACAGUCAGUGCUGGUCUAUGCCUGGUAGUAGCCCAAGUAUCGUGUUGUGAGAAAAGUGUGCGCCUGCAAGAAGAGAGACGUACUGUUUGCUGUUUGUUUCCACUAGGAACAGGGACGGAAUCGAUUUUGCAGAGGUGGAUCAGAAGCACUGGAGUAUUUCUGGAAAGGGGACAGAAACACACUGACACGCACUAUCUGGGAACUGGAGGAGACCACAUGGAACAGUUUACUGGACUAACUUUAACUGUAAAUAAACGCACUUUCUUUCCAUCAAGAGCUCUGCAGUAAAGUCUAUCUACAGAAGAACAAUUUGAAGACUGAAGACACAGCAGUGAAUUACUGUGCCAAAGGAUACAAAUGAAAAUAUUCUUUCUUUCAGCUCUACUUAUCUGAAUGCUAACUAUCCAGAGAUAGUGGACCAACACACACACAGUUAAACAAGAUGCUCUGUAGGACAGUGCUGCUGCUUUUGACUGUCUGCUGUGCAGAGGGGUUUGAGCAGAAUCCUGUUAAAACAACAGUUAUUCCCUCUUCUGACGGCACCAAUAUCACCAAAUGCGUUGUGAAAGAGUUUGUACCAAAGAAACAUGACCUCAAAUGGCUGAAAAACGGAAAAGACAUCACCAGCAAAAUAGAUCUGCCGUUUAAAGUUUUGACUACAGUUUCGGAAUCAAGAAAGGAUGGAAAGAAAGUGUACAAUGCAGAAAGUCGUCUCACAGUAAAUUCCAGUGAUGUGAAUGCAGAUACUGAAUUCACUUGUGUGUUAAAGGGAGGGCAAAAUGCAUCUUUGAAUAAACCUGACAGAGACAACCCAGAAGGGCCAACAAUGGCACUCUACAUUCUCCCACAGCUGCACACUGACCCAUAUAAGCCUGAAGAUGAAAUCACAUUGGUGUGUCUGGUCACCAGUACUGUAAAAAAGGCGUAUAAAAUCAAAUGGUCAGAGAGUAAUGGAAGAAAUCCUGGCCGUUAUGUUACAGGCACCAACGUCCGUCCACAGCAGAGUAAAAAUGACCAGAAAUGGCGAAGCAUGAGUUUUUACACUACCACUAAGGAAAACUGGUACAAAAAAGAUCCAACCAAAACGUUCACCUGCCAUGUCCGUUCUGAAAAUAUUAAAAAAUCAGUGUCCAGUGGCAUUGGUAAUUCUAAAGAAUGUGACUAUAACUACUAAGCUUUAAAUGUGAUAUUUCGUACUUGUGUCAUUCUUUGUCUGUGAGAGUUUAUGAAUACAUGUGCACUUGUGAUGUCAGUCACUGUGAGACAAAAUCUAUGCUUUUGUUGUCAUCAUGUUGUUUUUCAACCUAAGUCACAGUGUCAUUUAGUUGUGUACGAUUAAAGAAAUUAUUUUACUGCUACUGUUCAUAACCAUCAUCUUUAUCGUUGCAUUAAUUAUCAUUUCAUCAAAGCAUUUAUUGAAGCUGUUGGCAUU